UGCCAUUUACAAAAGCAAAAAGGCAUCCACCACGGGACCAGCUGUCCAGCAAUCAGCAGCCGCGUCCGACGUCACCGUCUCGAUUCUCGAUCGAUCCGGCAGGAAGUGUGGCUUAGCAGAGCAAACGAGGCGCCUGGAUGAGGGUGUGGGAGGAUGAAAGAUGACGGCAAGCACCGCCGAGAUGACGUAGUAUCCGAGAUAGAUUAGGUACCGGCACUCUAGGCGUCGACAGUCGUGUAUAAAACUCUCUCCUCCUGCGCCACAGUUUCCCAAGCAUCAACACCAAGACACAACCAAACCAUAGAAAUCACAUCUGCUGCCGAAUACCCUCUUGAACAACCAACCAAGCCAGCCACCCCCUCCCACAGACCAGCACCCACCAAAUACACACACCCAACAAUGUCCGGCUUCGACAAGAAGAGCUCCGACUCGGGCGUCACGGGCGGCGCCAUGUUCCUGACCUCGACCCUCGGCAACACCGUGUCGGGCCUGACCAACACGGUCGGCGGCGUCGUCGGCGCCGCCGGCCGCGGGCUCGGCGAGACGGUCACGGGCGUCACGGGGGGCGUCGGCCGCCCUGUCGGCGACGGCGUCGCCAACCUGACGGGCGGCGUCGAGGGCGGCCUCGGCUCCGUCGCCAAGGGCGCCAGGGACGCUGGCCAGUGGAAGUCCUCUUAGGUGUCUAGCGCUUAAAGAGGAGCGAGCGGGUGAUAGGGAAGGAGUUUGGGGAAAGAACAUUGCCUUUUUUCUUUUACGGGCAGGAGUUUAAUGCUCGACGGGUUUGCAUUAUGCUAUUACAAUGGCGGCACAGCGUUCGCCGUACGGAAUUAUAAAAUUUGGGAGGAGCACGACCACAAAACAGCACGAGAGAGCAAAUCUUAGAGUGACAAACAAUUACCGUCAUCGUCGGCGAUACGUUCCCUUGAGCAGCACGCCCACCACAAAAAAAAAGCUAGUUCAUUGGAGGAAUAGGAAUGGAAAUACGCAUCAAAACAGGAAUAAAAAUAGGAAUAAACAUAGGAAUGAUAAUAAGAAUAACAAUGGGAAAAAGAAUACGAAUAG